GGUCAUGGCAACGCUUUUGGCAGAAGCACGGUUUCAGUUCAGUUUUGGCAGCGAGCGCAGUGCGACGUAGAAAAUUGCGGGCUGCCUUUCCAGCGGAGCGAUAAUGCCACGCGAGCGAGAGAAAUCCAGAGAAAGUGUUCAGUAAAAAAUAAAUUAAUAUAUAAGUUAAAAAUAAAUGUUUCCUGCGAAAGUUGGCCAAUAAAUCUCGGGAGAAAAGGUGCAAGUUCUGCGCCUAGCCAGUGGAAUAUUCACAUUGGAAUCGCGAAUCGAAAAGCAACAUUAAAUUUAACUGUGAGUUUUAUUACUAUUAAGCUCAUCCACUCUACAUUGGUGCUAACCUACAAUGCGCACCUAGGCGUAUACGUGAUAAAAUUUAAUCAAAGCCACUACGUAGGGGCAGCCAGUUCAACAGCCAGCAUUGUUUCGUCUGACGAUAUGAACACAACAGUAAUGACAUUGAAAUGGCGCCAGAAAUACAAAAGCAGAAAAAGGCCAAAGAAACUAAGACAACGAAUAAUCGCAACAAACACUGCCCCAGCAAAAGCAACAACAACAACACCAAGCCAUAAAGCAACAACAAAAGCAACCAGCAGACUGAGAGAAACAAGAUGCAAGCUGAGGAGGCACAAGAAAUGUCUGCCAACUGAACGACACAGAAAUGUGGCUAAAAUGCUGCUGAAAGUGUCGACAAAUGCCACACAAUGUCGCGCAAUUAAAGCAACAAACACACCAGCUACAAACACAAUGACUUCCAGCUGCAGCGAACAUUGUCAGUCGCAACAGCAGCAGCAGCAGCAGCAGCAUCACCAGUUGCAACAUCAACAGCGGCGACAUCCACUUCCGGCGACGCUGACGUUGCUCCUCUGCCUGGGAAUCAGUUUGGGCAUGGCUGCCACAGCAGCAGCCGCCGGCGGAGGAGGAGCAGCACCCGGUUCCGGAUCCGGAGCAGCUGGCUUCCCAUCCAGCUCCAGCUCCUUGGGACCCGGCAAACCCGCCAAUCUGCAACUGGCACCCGGCUCCUCCGCGACGGGCUGCUCCCUCGCCGAAUUCAGCUGCUCCAACGGAAGAUGCGUGCCACUCAGCAAGUACUGCAACAAUCUGAACGACUGCGGCGAUGGGAGUGACGAGCCGCGAUUUUGUACACGCUGCAAUCGCACCUACUACGGAGACAUUGGACAGACCUACUCCCUGGAGUUGCACCGCCCCAAGCAGGAUCGCGUGCCCUUUGUGUGUGUGCUCACCUUUACGGCGGCAGGUGGACAGCACGGCGAUGUGGUGCAGGUCACCCUGGACAGCUUCACGAUUGGCCGGUUCACCUCGUACGUCCAUGAGGGCUGUCCGGACGGAUACAUGCAGAUAGCGGAGUCGGCACGGACGCCCAUCGGCGGAAUGUGGUGUGGCAGCUCCUGGGGACCAGUGCUCUUCUACAGCGAAACCCGCUCGCUGAUAUUCACCAUUCGGCUGAACAGGCUGGCGAGGGAUCAGAGUGGCUACAACUUCGACUUUCGCAUCAGAUACAAGGUUCUGUCCAGGGACAGUUCGGUGACCCGCUACGGGGGCAUUAAGCUGGCAGAGCUGGCGCAGUGGCACAACCGCAGUAGCUUUCUCAAUCAGCAGCAGCAACAGCAGCAGCAGCAACAAGGUGCUCCUGGUAUCCUGGAGGAUUUUACCAACUCCAGCGGAGCCCGUUCGGACCGGUAUGGCCAGGACUUUAGUCUUUUCAGCGCCUAUGCCAACAACAAGACUUUCAUGGCCUCACUGGAGAAAUCCUUGGCCAAGGACGAGCAGAACUAUACGGAGCCCAAGUACUAUCUGGGUGACCUCAUACCCGGAACAUAUUGCUCCAGGAUCUUCAGCGACUGCGACAAGAAGCCGUGUCGCCUGCAGUCGCCCAACUUCCCAGGCAUCUAUCCACGCAACCUCACCUGCUACUACGCUGUGCGACAGCACGACGUGCCCCAUGGCAAACACGCCCUGAUUCUAGUCAAACAGCCCAAGGGCAAUCUGGUCUGGAUUUCCACCCAGGAAACGGCCGCGGCGAACAAAAUGGCACCGCCGCCGAGUGCCAGCGACAAGGAUAAGAAAUUCGAGCCGAGGCUGAAAACAUGGAAUGACUGCGACUACAUUCAGGAAAAUGUAAAGCCCAAAUGGAAAUCCACGGACUACGUGACCGUGUACGACGGCUACACCACACGUGACCCCAUCAUAUUGAAGUUCUGCGGCGGUGGUCAGGCGGUGCCGGCGGCCGUUUCCAGCGGCCCGGAGCUUCUGGUUGAGUUCAGCACGUCGCCGUUUGGCACCUUUACCGGCACCUCGUCGCAGGUGCUGCCGCUCUACGGAUUCCAGCUGGAGGUCGAGGUUCAAUUCGUGGACAUCCAGAGUCCCACGUACUCGAAGAACAAGAAACCCUGCGAGUUUUGGAUUCGCGGUGCAGGUCGCGGCAUCCUCGAGAGUCCCAAGCACUCGCUGGCUCCGAAUUCCACAUGCCUGUAUCAUCUGCAAGGACUGGGCGUCUUCAAGACCUUUGACCACCUGAGCUUGUCGCGCAGGACGAGCAGUCAGUCGGGGCUGCAUCAACCGCUUUCCCGGUUCAAGGUUUGGAUUUCCGUUCUGAAGUUCAACUUGGAUCCGGAGUUUGGCCAGAUAGAUGAGACAUCCGUGGGCGCCAUUGGCGUGCUGCAGACGCAGGAGGAUUGCAGUGGAAUGCUGCGCAUCUGGGAUGGAACUCUAAGGGAUGCACCCGUUUGCAAAGACCUAAACUGCGCCACCGAGUCAAGUGGUUAUAACACCCUGGGUCACUAUAUCCACAAUUCCACCAGUGUGAUUGCCAGAUUCUGUCGGGGCACCAUUCCACGCACCUGUGAUCGCUCCAACAUAAACGAGACCUACGCAAGACCCUGCACAAUCUCCGAGAGCUAUGUGUCCAGCAGCGAUGCCAUCACGCUCGAACUGCGCAACACUGAAUCCACUGUAUUAAGGCCACUGGAUUUCAAGCUGAAGUACGAGUUCAUUGAUUUGCAUCAGGAUGGAUUGCCUUGGGGUGGUGGGGAACACGACUGCAACCGUAAGUUUCUAAGCAGCAUGAUGGAUCGCAAGGAUCCUGCCAUCUUCCGCAGUGUGCGCAACAUAUUCCUAUUUGGAAGAGGAGGCACUAGGAACCUGAAAUGCAUCUAUAAAUUCGAGGCCCAACGCGGCGAAAGGGUCAGAAUAAAGAUGAGGAAAGUUACUACCACCAACAGACCUUGCUAUUCACGCGUGGAUGAGGACAUCAAUCGAUCCUUUUGCUAUGGCGACACCAAUGUCCGCGUGGAGAUCUUUGAGCGACCCUACCACGAUUCCAUCUUACUUCAUCGAGGCUGCAUGUGCAACUCCUCCAACCAAUCCCACCUGCCAGUGGAGUACACUUCUACAAGUCGCGAUGUGGAGGUGCACUUCAUCGCACAAAACAUGACCACCUUGGACGACCCAGAUACGGUUAACUUCGAGGGAAUGUUCGAGUUUGUCAAGGCUCCAACAAGUUGCAAGGAUGGACGCAGGAAGUUCGGACCAAGUGGCACUAUAGAUAUGACCUUUGGAGACGUGGAGUGCCGCUCAAGACCCUGGCUGAUCGAGCCUUCCAAUGGCAAUAAGUUUUUAUACGUCCGACUGAAGGCCAUAUUCUUGAGUAAACACAAUCCCAUGCAGACACUGAACGCGACAUAUGUUCAGACAGAUUCCUGGAGAUGUGAGACCAAGUCUAGGGCUGUGCUGACCACGUCAGAGGGUCUAACCAUUGUGGCUUGUCCGCUGAGUCCCGACUCGAAUGCCUACGAAUUUGUGGAGAUAUUUAGCUCCGGUUGGAAUGAAAGGCCCAAUUUUGCUCUUGUCAAUCGAUCCCGAGCCAUUAGCGUCGAGUUCCUGCGUCCUGGCAACGGGGAGUACUCGUUCAAUUGGAUGGAACUGAUUCCCAGGCCCACGCUUAGCAUAGCGGAGGACUGCCAGUUUAAGUGUGCCGAACUGGGUGCCUGUGUAAAUGCCAGUGUCUGGUGUGAUGGCGUAGUUCAUUGUCCUUCUGGGGACGAUGAGACCUUCCUGCAGUGUUCGGCCUUGAUGAAACUGCCCGCCGAGAUCCUGGCCACGCUCUGCCUGAUCUUUGUGCUCUCGUGUUGUGCUUUCGCUGCCUUUGCCUACAAGAAAAUCAAACGCAAGCUGCGCGGCUCCUCGGUGCUGCAGACGCGACUCAAAUCGCUGAGCUCGAUGGACACGGCCGUUUUGGAUGAAAAGGAGAAAAAACCCGUCGUUGAAACCAAGAUCUAAGGCUCGGGGAUCAAAGCAAUGCAAAAUGCCCGGCCUGGCAAAAAGGAGGGAGCAGGGAUCAGGGACUCGGAAAAUACAACACAGCAGAGUGUGAAUCAGUCGAAAUGAUAUUUUUGUUGAAACUCUUCUUCCUCUUUAAGAACUGUAAAUAAAACAAAUAGAAGCUGUAUGAUAUUAACAAUUUUAUACUGAGUGUUUUAUUUUCCAUUUUGCUGUACUACUCAGUUGCACUCUCAUAGUGAAUAUGUUUUGAUAUUCGAAUCAAA